CUCAAAAUAAACAAUGUAUUUCAAUUCGCAUUAAUAUGAGAAUUAAAUUUGAACUCCAUCAAGAAAAAUUUAUUAUUCAAGUGGUUGAUAAUAAUUGGAAGCCUGGUUAUGUAUGUAAGUUAGAUAUGGAAGCUAUAAUUUAUUCAACAUCAAAUGCAGCAAUAAAUGAAACUUACAAAAAAAUAUUUGAUGUAAAGACGUAUUUUUUUGAACCAAGUGUUUUAGGCUUUGACAAUGAAAUAAUGGCUGAGCAGUUACAAGUUGAAAUUUUAUUUUUUCCAUUUCAAAUAAUUACUAUUUUUGUGAUAGCACUUGGUAGUUCAGAUCAAACGGAAUGGAAUUUUGCAGGUCCUGAUUGGUACUUGUUUUUUGCUAAAUGGAAACAAAAAUUAACAACUAUCAUCGAAUUUUCCUCCCAUCUUACUUCUAUAUAUCCAGUGGAUUUUGAAAUUAUCAAUAUUAUAUUAGGAGCAUGGAGAUCAAUGAUACGAUAUGUUGGAU